CCGAUAUGGCGGAAUUGUCCGAGGAGUCCCGAUUGAGAUAAACUUUAGGGCGUAGAAGGAAGUAGGACAUUUAUAGUGUUUUAUUGAUUUAUUUGGAUAUCAGUUAGUGUUCAUAUAUAUAAUUUGGUAACGUAAUAAAGCAAGAAAAUAAAAUUGUCUAUAAUUUCAUUUUUAUGUAAAAGAUAUUGAAAGUAUAUAUUAAACUUAACAACAGUGGUUUUCAAAUCGAAAGUAGAAACAAGUUCAAACACAAUUUCACAAUGGCUUCUAAAAGAUUUGUGGAUUCAAACCGAGACAAUGCAGGCGACUUUAUUGGAGAAAGUGCUGUGACACAAUCAUGCGAGCCCUGUAUGAAAACCAACAUAUCAAAAACUGCUACGGUUUUCUGCAAGGAUUGUGAUGAAUACCUGUGCGAUACGUGCAAAAAUCCGCACACGGUCUAUAAACCAGGUCAGCAUAACAUUGUCAAUUCACAGGGCAGUAAAUCUUCGUCCGUAAUACUCGACAUGAAAGGAAUGGACAAGUGCCAUGAACAUGCACGAGAAAUAGAGUUUUUCUGCCAGGAUCAUUCUAAGCUUUGCUGUCUUUCAUGUGUUCUCAUUCACCGGAAAUGUGACCAAUUGGAUGAAAUAGCCAAAGUAUCCAGACAAACACGACCCGAGCUUCAAGCAUUAAAACAUUCAUUGAUAAAAUUGCAAUCCGAGGCUGACGAUUUUUUAGCGGAUUGUAAGCAGUCGGAGACUGGCUUAAAUGAGUCUAUUGCAAAGAUUUCUUCAGAGGUGGAUACGAUGAAAGAUCGUAUCAUAAAAUUGUUUGAAGAAGCAAAGCAGAAAUUAAUAAGUGAGGCAAAACAAUUUAAAAUUGCGGACGUCAAACGAAUUGGGAAUAAACGUGACGCCUCGCUCAAAGUUAAGGAAGAACUAAAUAAGGUAUUGUCGAUGUGCUGUGUCGUUUUAGACAGCGGGACGCCCAGUCAACAGUAUAUUUAUUCAGAAUUAAUGAAGGAGAAACGGAAAACUAUCGAAUCAACUAUGGAUGACCAAAGAAAGAUUAAAUUCUUAUCAACAAUGACAGUGUCUUUUCCAAAAGAGGUUACUUCCCUUCUUGAGAUGGGAAGCAAUUCUAUAAAACUGAAUUGUGUAGGCAACAAGACAGGUAACUUUGUUCAUUCAAACCUGAACAUUUACAACAUGUUUGGUAGCGGCGGAGGCGGUGGCUUUCAGUUUGGAACACCAACCACAACCACCUCUGGCACUGGUUCAGGAAUAUUAGGCGGAACCCAGCCGGCCACUGGGGGAGGCUUUUACUUCGGGUCAACAGCAAGUUCUGUUCCAGCUGGAUCGUUUGCCAAGGGGUUCAGUCAGGCCACCCCUGCCACUCCAGCUACUGGUUCAUUUGGCUUUGGUGCGACAUCUACCCCUGCAAACACCACAGGCUCCACAAGUGGGUUUGGAUUGGGGGCCACGCCGGGAGCUGCCUCCACUGGGAACACAGUCUUCUCCCUGGGAGGGGCAAAGACAACGGCUAGUACAGGAUUCUCUCUCACUGGCACCACCCCGGCAUCUGGAAGCACUGGAUUUAGUUUCGGGGCCACACGCUCAUCUGCUACACCAGGAUUUACUGGACUGGGUUACUUUGUUCAUUCAAACCCGAACAUUUACAACAUGUUUGGUAGCGGCGGAGGCGGUGGCUUUCAGUUUGGAACACCAACCACAACCACCUCUGGCACUGGUUCAGGAAUAUUAGGCGGAACCCAGCCGGCCACUGGGGGAGGCUUUAACUUCGGGUCAACAGCAAGUUCUGUUCCAGCUGGAUCGUUUGCCAAGGGGUUCAGUCAGGCCACCCCUGCCACUCCAGCUACUGGUUCAUUUGGCUUUGGUGCGACAUCUACCCCUGCAAACACCACAGGCUCCACAAGUGGGUUUGGAUUGGAGGCCACGCCGGGAGCUGCCUCCACUGGGAACACAGUCUUCUCCCUGGGAGGGGCAAAGACAACGGCUAGUACAGGAUUCUCUCUCACUGGCACCACCCCGGCAUCUGGAAGCACUGGAUUUAGUUUCGGGGCCACAGGCUCAUCUGCUACACCAGGAUUUACUGGACUGGUGGAUACCAGUCCCAUCAGCUUAUCCCAACCAAGGCCACUCAUCCUGGAGCAGCUCGUAUCCGUGGAUCUACCAAAGACUGGAGAUGAUGAGAGGAAGCCUCUCCUCACUGGACUGGACUUCCUGCCGGACGGGAGACUGGUAGCCGUGGAUAACCAGAACAAGACAUGUAUCAUACUGAAUGAGCGACUACAGAGACUUGGAACACCGUACAAGUUCAAGAGUAACCCACAAUGCGUAGUAUGUGUGUCUCAUGAUACACUGGGUGUAACGUUUGGUGGUGGUAAAGCAGUAUGUCUCCUGUCUGUGAGUACAGACAAUACCAUCUGGCUGACCAGGGCGAUCAAAACAUCAUCCGAGUUCGACUCUAUAUGCUGCAUGUCUCCAUCUAACAUGGUCGUGAGUACGUACAAUGAUCCCCGUCCUGCUAGAAUGAUAUCAGUGGACGGGGUAGAGACUGACUUUGAGCACAUAACGUUUCCUGUGAAGACGUACAAAAUAUGGGAGAGUAAAUGCACGUAUGUCCAGUCUAAGAACACGUUAGUACUGACUGACCAACCCGCUAACACUGUGUACAUGUACGACACCGUGAAUGGCACAUCUAGAGCAGUCACUAAUGAGAACAUACAGGGACCUCGUGGUGCCUGUGUAGAACCUGGUGACACGGUGCUGGUGUGCAGUCAGAAUAACCACUCCAUCGUGCACCUGACCAUUGACGGUAAAAUACUCGGUACAUACCCAGUGGAUAUGGAGUACCCGCGCAGCAUAUGUGUGUCUAAGUAUGGCACUAGGCUGGCGGUGUCCAACAUCGCUAGAGGCAACACGAAACUUCAGUUGUAUAAGAUAUCACCGGCGAUGAAUUAGAUGACUAAUGAGAUGUUGACCGUGCGAUCAUUUUACACACAUACUAACAAUAACACAUGUAGCGUAUUAUGUGUGUCUCAUGAAGUACUGUGUGUAACGCGUUAUAAAGUAGUAUGUGUGUCUCAUGAUACACUGUGUGUAACAGGUGAUGGUUAUAAAGUAGUAUGUCUCCUGUCUGUGGGUACAGACAAUACCAUCACACUGACCAGGGAGAUCAAAACAUCAUCAAAGUUUGGCGCUAUGAAGUUCCCGUACAGCAUAUGUAUGUCUAAGGAUGGCACCAGACUGGUGUUGUCCAACAGCGCUAAAGACGCCGGGAAAAUUCAAUUGUAUAAGAUCUCAACGGCAAUGAGUUAGAUGACUAGUAAGAUGUAAAUAUUAUCCAUGUGAUCAGGCAUUCUACACGAUUAUUAAAUAUAACUUACGUGUAUUGGUGUUGUUAAAUCAACUCGGAAUGCUAUCAUGUUUAAAGAAAAUUGAAUAGUGUUGUUUAAAGGUUUAAUCGUCGAAGAAUUUCGAACGAUUUCGAACUACCUAUACAUUUUGCAUUUGUUAUAAAGUAAAAUGUGUCUUUAUACUGAACUUCAAGAAAUUUUUAGUGUAAAUUUGAAAAUAUUAAAAUAUAUUGUUUAUGUAAUUCUAUUUUAAUUUGCAUUUCAUGCAACAUAACCGGUGUGUACGUUAGUUAGUCGCGUUGAAUAUUUCUAAAUGUAUGCUAAUUUUGGAAAAUAAUAACUAUAACUUAA